AUGGAAGAGCCUCCCCAUAAACGGAAAAGAAGCGUUUCCGACGAUGAAGGGUACGAGCCUUCUUUGGCAGCGCCUCCUCACGAGAUGCCCAGCGGUCCUUCUCAUCAACAGCCACAGGGAAACCGGUUUGGAGAUGGUUGGGCCAAGAGACCAAGAAGGUCUGUUUUGCCUCGCGAGGCUGAGCUAGCACGGACCAUCUGCAAUGAGAUCACCAAGAUCGGCGAAUUUGCACAACAGUUAUCAAUUGACAUCGACAACGUUUCUGGGUCGAUUGCACAGGAGCUCGACACUGACGAUUUUGUUCGUAAUUCUGUCCUCGAGUUCCUACUGGCCUUGAUAGUCGAGCAGCCUCAAAAAGUGUUUGUGAUUGGAGCAUUGGUUCAAGUCUCGAACUAUAGAAAUCCCAAGAUCGGCCAGUACGUGUUUGAUUUCCUGCACUCUCAGAUUCAGGAGCUAUUUGAAGAAAUUAGAGUUCCGGCCGAGAACGAAGCACAGUCGACCGAAUGCGGUGCGAUCACGAAACUGAAGCUGAUUCUGCGGUUUGUUGCCGUUUUGAGUCCUAUGAUGGUCAGCGACGAACCAGUGAUCAAGACUUUCCAACACAUCUUAGACCUGGCCAUUGAUAUCCAGUCGCAAACGGAGAAACGGUCGGGAGUCGCACAGAUCCUCUACUUUAACAUCCUGACACUAAUUCCAUACCAUCUCGCUGUGCAAAAAGACCAAGAAGCGUUCAACCAGCUGCUGGAGACGGCACGCAAGUUCAAAAUUGUCGAUUUGGACGACCUGGCUAACCAAAGCUACCAGCAUUUCAAAUCCGACAACGGACCAUACAAGCCGAAGGAGAUUGUGAGUCUGAUUUUACCUGCUUUGGAAUCAGUCGACAAAGAAUUGCCGUUUUUCAUGGACAUGUUACAGAUCGUCAAGUCGCAUGAACCCGAAAACCCUGAGAAACACAUUUUCCAGCACUUCAACAUCCCGUCAGUUGAGCAAUGGCAGUCUUUCAAGCUCACAGGAACUGUGGACUCGCUCUGGAACUACCCACGCUACGCACUUGAGUGCUUUUUGCCGUCUGCUACGCUUUUUGACACCGUUCCUCCAGUGGAGUCGUAUCUGUCUCUGCUCUUGCGCGACAUCGUCCAGGACAAUGUCCAGAACAUGGAGUUCAACAGAGUGACGGUUUCAAGACAGCUGCUUUCUCUGGCCGUGUACUUUAACGAAAAGCUUUUUGCCAAGCCAAACUCGUCGAUCGACAAGCUCACCAUUCUGAACAAUCUGAAUUCUGGUGUGGAUCUGAUCAGCAGCUUGGAAAGCAACGAGGACCUGGAUCCAAACGUCAAGGCCUCGAUGAUCGAGUCUGCUACCUUGGUGCAGCAGGAGUUCGACCAAGGGUACACUUCUACUUGGAAAAUGGAGCAGGUAGUGACAGAAGCUGUUCUGGGACUCAUGUUCCAUCUGCCGACCGCCUCGAGUCCGCUCAUAUACUACCAGAUGCUUCUAUCAGACACAUGUGGAAGAGACUGGGCCAACGUGAGACGGUCUCCGAACUCUGAAGACAAGGUGACGUUUGCCAAGGUGUUGGGCACGGCGUUCCGGUUCUUCUACUCCAACUUCAAGUAUCUUGAUCUCGAACUAUGCGAGAGAUUCAUUCAGUGGAUGACGGCACAGCUGAGCAACUUUGGGUUUGACUGGCAAUGGACAGAGUGGAUCGACGACCUCAACAAGCUGGACAAGCUGUACUACCAUCCGACAAUGUACUUGUUCAGAAACGUUAUUGGAAGAGAGAUUCGUCUGAGCAGUCCGCAAACGAUCAAGCCAACCCUGCCAGUGGAGUUCCAUCGGUUCCUGCGUUUGUCACUCAUGGACAAGCGGCAGGUAAUCAACUUUGACAGCAAGCUGUUCGGGUCCAAGCUGGCGGAAUCUGUUUAUGAGACCAACUUUGCUGCUGAGGAGAACAUCGAGGGUGCUGCCGAGGACGCUGGCAACGCCGAAAUCUACCAUCUGGUCGACCAGUACCUGUUCAAUAACCAGGACCAUCCGUACCACGAGCUGUGUCACAGCAUCUACACCAAUAUUCAGGAAGGAGAGUCGUUGCAACAGUUCAACGAUCUGGUUGUGCUUCUCAAACAGCAGAUAGAGCAGGAGACCGCAAACCACCCGGGAGACGAGUCUUACGUGGUGAGUAACCUCGAUUGCUACAUCGUGACGCUUGUGAUCCAGUCUACAUGUAUCAUUGGAUCGCGUUCGCUGUCUGUUGUGGAAGGAGGAGCAUUGGAGCUAUGCGGGGCCAAGCUGCGCAAAGUUUUAGGACUUCCUGCUGCGGAAGGAGAACACGAAGACUUGGAGAAUGACCAGUUCGCGCUUCUGAAGGAAAGUGAGGUUGCAGAGCGGCAGAAGUGGCUGAUUGACGGGGUUUUGCGUCUGUGGAACAACGAGCCCAGAAUCGGCUACCUUAUCUUGGAGAGAAUUAAAAGAAAGGGAUUUAUCACGGGCACGCAGCUGGUGGACUCAUUCUUUGCCAACAACGAGUCCCUUUUACUGAUUAGUCAGACAUAUGCCAGUGAACUAUUUGAUCGGCUAGUUACUAGUGCCGAUUCGGAAUCGGAAGCUGCAGAGGUGUUGAACAGGCUGUAUUCGAACCUGGUCGAGCAUAUCAAUCUGUUUAUCGAGAAACUCGGCGACGACAGGGAAGAGAUGAUCCUAGGGUCGGUGGAGACCGAGGACUCUGCAGACCAAGACAUCGAGCUGCGAUGGGGGCUUCGAGGAUGCUUUGAGCUGCUUCGUAGCAAGAUGCGUUUGUUUUCGCGUGCAACACAAUUCCAAAAUGUGCAGCAGCUUAUUGAAGGCGGGAUUCGGUCGGAGGUGGCAAGGAAGUACGUUGCUGACAUUGCAGACGGCAUUUCUUUGUCGGUAGACUAG